UCCGGGCCCGACCCCGCCGAGCGGGCACGGCGGCGCUCGGGGGCUCCGGGCGCGGCCCCGCCGAGCGGGCACGGCGGCGCUCGGGGGCUCCGGGAGCUCGGAGCCAGCAGCGCCGGCACUGCCGGCUUUGCUCCAGAGCAGCGGGGCGCGGAGCGGGCGGGCCCCGCCGCUGCCCGCGAGCGCCCCCGGCUGUGCCCGGGACUGCCGGGUCGGGAGCCCGGCAUGGCCGCCGCCGCACACGGGUGCUCGCACGGGGCGGGCCGCAGCGGGCCGGAGGCGAGAGGCGGCCGAGCUGUGGCCGUGCUUCCCCGUGCCCGGUGCCGCCCGAGGCCGCACCGCCGCUCCCUUCGCGCCCGCGCCCCGCGUGGCACCCGGGGGACAGCGCGUCCCUGGCCGGGCCGUGUGCGGUGGCGGUGAUCUGUGUCCCCGCGGCCCCGGCCUCCGCCGUGUCUCAGCGCUCUCCCAGCACAAAGCCCGCCUGGCUGUGGAGCAGCUGAACGGUGACGCCAGCCCCAGCGCAGAGCCCCCUGCCUCCCCUUGCCUGUCCCCAGGUCCUGCCCAUCAUGGGGCAUCCUGCUGCCCGCUGGACGUGCUUCAUGCCGUCCACUGCCCAGAGAGGUACCCGUGUCCCCUGGGUGCCUCUGUGCUCGGGGCUGCUGCUCCUCCAGUGAACUCCACAGCCCCCAGCCCCUGCACGCAGCUGUAUGGUCCUGCUCUGGCAUCAGGGAGGCAGCACGGGCAGACCCCAGGUGCCCCUCAGGCAAGCUCAUGUCCAGGCCACCUGCCAGGGCCUCGCCUGCCCCAGGAGGGACCGGGGUCUGGGCAGGGAUGCCCACGGCCAGGAGUCACUGGACAGUGCCCACUGAGCACCCAGGGGUGGCUGCCUGGAGGGAGCAGGGAGCAGAUGGCAGGGCGGGCCGAGCUGACAAUCCCCUAAUCCCAUCAACGCCGCGGGGGCUGAGCAGAGCCGAGCUGGGCCAUGGCGGGCACAGCGGCACGGGGGCACCUCCUGCACCCGCUGCUAUUCCAGGUGGGACUCGGGGUCUGGCAGGGCUGGGAGCAGGCUGGGAGCAGGGCUGGGUGGGUAGGGUGUGCUGGGCCAGGCUGGGAGCGGCGCUGGUCCCUGGGAUCCCCACUGACCGUGCCCCUCCCCAGCUCUGCUGCGGCUGUCAUGGGCUCCGCGUGUCCACGAGCACGCGUGUCCUCUACACGCUCCUGCACGUCCUGGCCUCUGCUGUGUGCUGCCUCAUGCUGUCCCGCACUGUGGCCCAGGCUAUCGCAGAGAAGGUGCCCUUCUCAGUGGUGCUGUGCCAACACCUGCCCGGGGGCACAGACUGCGAGCAGCUGGUGGGCUCCUCGGCCGUGUACCGGGUCUGUUUUGGCACUGCCUGCUUCCACCUGGCACAGGCUGCCCUGCUGCUCAACGUGCGCUCCAGCUCUGACUGCCGUGCACAGCUCCACAAUGGGUUCUGGCUGCUGAAGCUGCUGGUGCUGGUGGGCCUCUGGGCCAUAAGCUUCUUCAUUCCUGAGGACAACUUCAUCCAAGGUGUGUUCCCCACACUAUCUGAGCUGGCACCCGGGCACCCCUCUUGGCCCCCACUUGCCCUGUGCCAUCUUUACCUCUGCCCUCUUCCCCCAGCCUGGCACUACACAGGUGUCUUUGGGGGCUUUGCCUUCAUCCUCAUCCAGCUGGUGCUGAUCACAGCCUUUGCACACACCUGGAACAAGAACUGGCUGACAGGUGCUGCACAGGACAAGCGCUGGUAUCUGGCCGUGCUGCUGGCCACGGCCACCUUCUACACCCUUGCCUCUGCCGCCUUCUCCUUCCUCUACAAGUUCUACACCCACCCAGCUGCCUGCCACCUCAACAAAGCACUGCUUGCCAUCAAUGGCAGCCUCUGUGGCAUCAUGUCCUUCAUCUCCAUCACACCGUGUGUGCGGCUCAAGCAGCCGCGGUCAGGGCUGCUGCAGUCCUCAAUCAUCAGCUGCUAUGUGAUGUACCUCACCUUCUCCGCACUGUCCAGCCGCCCCCCAGAGAGAGUGCUGUACCAGGGGCAGAACCUCACUGUCUGCUUCCCGGGGCUCCGGCAGGAUGAGCUGCAGACAGAGGACACCACCGUGGCCGUGCUGGGCGCUGCUAUCAUGUAUGCCUGCGUGCUCUUCGCAUGCAAUGAAGCCUCGUACCUCGCCGAGGUCUUUGGGCCCCUCUGGAUGGUCAAAGUCUACAGCUUUGAGUUUAAAAAACCUUCCUGUUGUUUCUGCUGCCCUGAGAAGAUGGAAGAGGAGCUGCGAGGCACCGACCAGACAUGUGAGCAAGUAGAGGAGAGUGCCAGGGGACAAUUCAUCAUCCAGGAUGAGCAGGACCGGGUGGUCUACAGCUACUCAGCUUUCCACUUUGUCUUCUUCCUUGCCUCACUCUAUGUUAUGAUGACACUCACCAACUGGUUCAGCUAUGAGAAUGCAGUGCUGGAGACCACCUUCACGCAUGGCAGCUGGUCAACCUUCUGGGUGAAGGUGUCCUCGUGCUGGGCUUGUGUCCUGCUCUACCUGUGGCUGCUGCUGAGCCCCUUCUGCCUCCACGGCUCCCCACAGCACCAGCGCAGCAGUACAGGGCCACGCAUCGUGCGGCGCCGACGUGCUCCACAGCGCAUCAACGUCUCCACGUAGUCCCUGCCAGGACAAACUGCGCCCAGGGCUGGUCCCUGCUGUGCCCCGUGCCUGUGCCCUAGCCCUGCUUGGUCCUCCUGGCCUCCCCUGACCCCCUGUCCCAGGAGACAGCAGCACCUGAGAGCCUGAGGGGAACAUGGGAGGCAGAUGCUCCCAGGGAUACUGGCCCUGUGCUGAGCCAGGGCCACCCAAAGGGCCAGGGCCAGCUGGUGGCAGGAGCUCAGCCCGCAGCCUGGUUGCUCUGGCUUCACUGAGUGCACUGAGAGAGCAGGGCUCUGCCCUGGCUGCCACUGUCAUGGUGCAGUCACUGUAAAUACCUGCUUCAAUACAUUUUUAUAUAAACCUCUGAACUGAGCCUGUGCCGUUUCCCUGCGCAGCUGCUGCCAUGGGGAUGGAGGGAGGGGGUGCCAGCCCUGUGGAACACCCUGAGCCAGCAGCACUGCUGCAAGUCCCCACAGAGCCUGGCCCGGGUGGGGGGCUCUGCCAGACCCCGGUGCUGCAGACAGUGCAGGCUGUCCUCUGGGGAAACAAUGUCUUGCUCGUGCCUGCUGCAAGCACAGGCCACUGGGCAGCCUGCCACAGCCACUGGCACGGCCCUGUGGGCCAGCGCCUGAGAGCCCCAUGCCACCCUCCUGUCCUGCAGUCGAGCAGGCACAGCCGUUGAUGCCGGUGGGGCACAAGACGGACCUGCGGCCUGGCGUGGCCGAGGGGGUCCACACAGACCAGAGGCAGCUGGCCAUGGCGAGCAGCAGCUCCUCAGGGCCCCGGGGCAACCAGAGCCCCGCGGACACCCGCUGCCAGCCCCAGGCCCACGGCUGCCCGUUCUGCGAGACCAGCGCGGUGGAAGGCGGCGCUGCAUCUGGCUCGGUGAGGAACCCAGGCUGCCGCCGUGCUGCCGGAUCGGGCUGACGCCGCUGCUGU